AUGGUUACAACUUUGAACGGUACGGAAGUGAAUGCAAUUCUUUGCAAAGCUGGUGAAAAGACACUUGGCGUAGAAGAUAAGAAUAAAGUUGAAGAUUCUCAAUUGAAUUCUUCGAGUUUUUGGAAAAGUCACUUAUCAGCGCGUGGACGAUUGUACAACAAAGGGGGAUGGAGAGCAGAUGUAGACGACAAAAACCAGUGGAUACAGGUUGAUCUUGCCAAGAAGGAAGUUGUCUCAGGGAUUGCCACUCAGGGAGGAGAUUUUAUUGCUUGUUGGGUGAAGACUUACUCUGUGAAGCAUAGUUUGAAUGGAACAACAUUCGAAUCAUACAAAAAUGAGGGUGAUGAUAAGAUAUUUGAUGGGAAUAGUUACAAAGAAACCAAUGUCCUGUCUCCACCAAUCACUGCUCGUUAUAUUCGUAUACAUCCAGUGUCUUGGUCUAAGCACAUAUGCAUGCGAAUUGAGCUUUAUGGUUGUUACUGA